AUGAGGUCAUCAUCGUCAUCAACAGCAGCAUUCAGGCACUCCCCGCGCCGUCGUGGGACUGAGAAGGUCCGGCCAUCGUGGGUACUUCAAGAAGGUGGCGGUGUGCAGAGCUCAGCUGCGAUGUCCACCAGGUGGUCGCGUAUUAAAGCUACACCGAACAAGAAUGCGACAGCCGCCGAGCUGCCAGACAUCCGUAAAGUCACGGACGCUCCCGAUACCCAGGGUGAUCGCAACUGCGCCCGGCAUACACAGUUAACGAGCUACUCUCCUAUCGUCCUAGGUGUUGCCGACGAAACGUUUGUAUCCAGGAAGUUCGAAGCAGAUCAGGCACCCAACAGGCCACGUGCCGUGACUGGAGAGCUUCCCGUGGAAGUGGACACCGUUAUCCCUGACAAUGCGCCGUCAUGCCUGCAGGCACGAGCCUUUGGCAGCGAAGAACCCCGUGGUGACCUUGAACUGUGCCAACGGGAACAACCGGAAUGCCACCCUGCCAAGAAUAGUAACUCCGGAAUGCGAACAGGAAAGACUGACAAGAUCAUGGAACAAUACAUCUACUACAACCCAACCGGAAAACCCAUAUCGUGGAAAGGGAUGCCUUCAACCCAUGACAACGUGGGGUCGACACCUAGGAAUGGGGGCGCUUUAGGAAACCAGACACGUGAGUCGACGUUGAUCGGGGAACAGGAGCCGACGGAGGCCAGAGUUACUUUGGGCGUCGACGGCGAAAUUGCUCUUGAAACGGAGACCUUGCCGGUGCAGCGGGGUCCUCGUUCAACCACCAGUCUCGUGUUCUACGAGAUGAAUAUUCCAGAGGCGACUUAUUCGUCAUUCCUCGAAACGUCUUCGAGUCAACGUUGUUGGACCGCGGAAGAAACUGCGCGCUUCUACCGUGCUCUGAGAAUAUUCGGCACCGAUUUCGAUCUAAUGACAACUGCUUUCCCAAACCGAACGCACAAAAACCUCAAGAACAAGUUCAAGCGAGAAGAGCGCGAUAACCGAGAGCUGGUGCAGAAGAUCAUCAAUGAACCGACGAAAUUCAACCUGGAAGCUUUCGGGGAUGAGUUUAGUGAGCCAAAUGAACCGGAGCCGAAUCAGUGA